UAUAGGUCCGUGUUGCUUUGGAAUUCCUGCAUAGCUGCCCGAGAGACCUGGGGGACUUGGGGAUGGCCGGCGCAGAGCCCAGCAGCGCCUGUGCUGGCCCUUGUGUGGGCAGCCGGGUCAGGCUCCCGUCUUAAGAAAACAAUCCUGCUCGGGGUCCUCACCGUCCUUUGUUGUCCUCACCGCGAGGUGAUCCGUUGAAGUCUCUCUGGUGACAGAACCAGUUUGUAACAGGCUUGUCUUUCACGGUCCUGUCUCCUGCUUGCUGGCAGGCUAGCCUGAAGCUCUGACAAGAGUGGCAGCAGAGGAGCCUCCGUGAAAGAAGGAAAGGCGAGGAACAGGAGGCACACACAGGCAGGUCCCUUUUACUGCUCUCCUGCUGCAAUGGGCUGGCUGGACGAACUAACCUGGCAGCUUCAUAUUUGCUUGCUCAUUCUUCUGUCUGUGCACACGAGGGCAAACUUCCUUGGUAACAUGCUUUUGCGAAGUUCAGGAAAGUUAAAUGUGGGCACCAAGAAAGAGGACGGUGAGAGCACAGCCCCCACACCUCGUCCAAAGAUCUUGCGUUGUAAAUGCCACCAUCAUUGUCCAGAAGACUCGGUCAACAAUAUUUGCAGCACAGAUGGAUAUUGUUUCACAAUGAUAGAAGAAGAUGAUUCUGGGAUGCCUGUGGUCACUUCUGGAUGUCUAGGACUAGAAGGCUCAGAUUUUCAGUGUCGGGACACUCCCAUUCCACAUCAAAGAAGAUCAAUUGAAUGCUGCACAGAACGGAAUGAAUGUAAUAAAGAUCUACACCCUACACUGCCUCCACUGAAAAACAGAGACUUUGUUGACGGACCUAUACACCAGAAAGCCUUACUUAUAUCUGUGACUGUCUGUAGUUUGCUCUUGGUCCUUAUCAUUUUAUUCUGUUACUUCAGGUAUAAAAGACAAGAAGCCAGACCUCGGUACAGCAUUGGGUUAGAGCAGGACGACACAUACAUUCCUCCUGGAGAAUCCCUGAGAGACUUAAUUGAGCAGUCUCAGAGCUCAGGAAGUGGAUCAGGCCUCCCUCUGCUGGUUCAAAGGACUAUAGCUAAGCAGAUUCAGAUGGUGAAACAGAUUGGAAAAGGUCGCUAUGGGGAAGUUUGGAUGGGAAAGUGGCGUGGCGAAAAGGUAGCUGUGAAAGUGUUCUUCACCACAGAGGAAGCCAGCUGGUUCCGAGAGACAGAAAUAUAUCAGACGGUGUUGAUGAGGCACGAAAACAUUUUGGGGUUCAUUGCAGCAGAUAUCAAAGGGACAGGGUCCUGGACCCAAUUGUACCUAAUCACAGACUAUCAUGAAAAUGGCUCCCUCUAUGAUUAUCUGAAGUCCACCACCCUAGAUACCAAAUCCAUGCUGAAGUUAGCCUAUUCUUCUGUCAGUGGCCUAUGUCAUUUACACACUGAAAUCUUUAGUACUCAAGGCAAACCAGCAAUUGCCCAUCGAGAUCUGAAAAGUAAGAACAUCCUGGUGAAGAAAAAUGGAACUUGCUGUAUAGCCGACCUGGGCCUGGCUGUUAAAUUUAUUAGUGAUACAAAUGAAGUUGACAUACCACCCAACACUCGAGUUGGCACCAAACGUUAUAUGCCUCCAGAAGUGUUGGAUGAGAGCUUGAAUAGAAAUCACUUUCAGUCUUACAUCAUGGCUGACAUGUACAGUUUUGGACUCAUCCUUUGGGAGGUUGCCAGGAGAUGUGUAUCAGGAGGUAUAGUGGAAGAAUACCAGCUUCCCUAUCAUGAUCUCGUGCCCAGUGACCCCUCCUAUGAGGACAUGAGAGAGAUCGUGUGUAUCAAGAAGCUCCGUCCCUCAUUCCCGAACCGGUGGAGCAGCGAUGAGUGUCUCAGGCAGAUGGGGAAACUCAUGACGGAAUGCUGGGCUCACAAUCCUGCAUCGAGACUGACAGCCCUGCGUGUUAAGAAAACACUUGCCAAAAUGUCAGAGUCCCAGGACAUUAAACUCUGAUUUGAGGGGAAAAAAAAAAAUACACACCACUGGAAAAAGACAGUAGAUAUCCUGUUUAUGGGCAGAGCAAAAGAUGUUCCAGAAGCAUCCACAGUACAAUCCUUGAACAUAGUCCUGCUUCCCUGUGGGUUCAGUCUCACCUCUCAGGGAGCCGCCUGGACAAAGAUGGAGAAGUUCCCGGAAACACAGAGUCAUCGUGUCCAUCUGUAGGAGGGAGAAACCGCUCGGGUAACUUGUUCAAGAUAUGGUGCAUGUUGCUUUCUAAGAAAGCCCUGUAUUUUUGGAUGGUCUUUUUUUUUUUUUCUUUUCAAAAGAUGCUUUAAUUUUGCCAAAAUAAAAGAAAUAAUUUAGAUGUUUUAAGGUUUAUACUAUUAUAGUUUAAAUAAUAACAAAAAAGUUCUUCCCAGAAAUUCUGCUGGAAGGUUAAAUUAAAAUAUGUGUGUUUUCAUUGGUAAAAUCCUGUUGCACUCUACAAACCAAAAGACAGUCUGUGAAGUGAGAGAAUGCAGAAUGGAACUCAUCUGAAAAGCCCCCGCCCCUGCCUCCUCAGACCACUCUGGCCAGCCCUGCACUGGGGCUGGCUGCUAUGGCAAUGUGAAUGCACCUGAGUACAAACACCACCUGUCUGGGACCACAUUUUGGGGUUCCUGCAGGAGACCUUUUGCAGCUUCAGAUGAUAUGGAACAAAUGAAGAUUUUUAUGUGACUCUGUUAGAAGUAAGUGUCCAUGCUAUUCUGCAGAACUAUGUUGCCUUCUGAUUCUGUUAGGCAUAUCUUUCAUGGUAUAACCCCUUCCUUUUCAUUAAACACAAACAAAGCUCUUUUUUAUGUGCAGAGAACUGACCCAGGCAUGCUUUUGAUCUCUUAAAUGAAAGGGGCAAUGUUAAAUAAAAUUGCCAUCCAUUGUGUUGAAGACAAGACAUUUUAAAAUAGAGAUAAUUUGCUCGAGUGUUAUAAGAAGACCAUGUCAGUAAAGUAAGGGAUGAAGGCGGGUGGCUUGUUUCUUAUACAUUCAGAUGAGCCAAUCUCAGAAGCACAGGGGAAAAGUAUGCACAACUUAUUUUGUAUAGAUAAAGCUGGUUUCAUUUGUUAUUGUCUCUCUUUUGUGUCUGAAUUAAUGGAAGGAAGCAUAUGUGAGGUUAAGUUAACUAAAUUUUAAUUUAAAAAUAGAUAAAUAUAACCUCCAAAUGGGAUGGCAGAGGGGAGUCAGUGGAGGCCACAAAUAUUACGGCUGCUGUGAUUUAUUAUUCUAGAAUAGAUAUGAAUCGACUAGACAUCUUAAGUGAUAAUUUCACAUCUUAGGUAUGCUAACAGUUUAUUUUAUUUUAUCCUCAUGAUCAAUUCACUUUUUAAUUUAUUAUUUUUAUAUACUUUGAGGCACUAGUGCAAAACAUCUCUUCACCUCCUCAUUUCUAUGGAGUUUUAACUUUUGAGCAACAUAUGUCACGUCAUUAACGGAGCCAAUAUUCCUGAGCAACAGUUAACAUAUCACUUAAAAUUGUACACAUCCCUCUCACCUUUAUUCAUGUACCUUUCCUUCCUAUGGUUUUCUUUUGCUUCUUAGAAAUUCUGUAGGGUUUAGUGAAGAAUUCAGAUGUACUUCCCCUUGGCCUUUUUAAGAAAGACGUUCCUUCCACAACACUCCAGGGGGCAGUGUUUUAUAAUACAUUUUCACCACUUGGCGACUGAAGGAUGGAAGUUUUUGGAAAAUUUGACAGCUGCAUGAAAAAUGAGGAAAUGUUUUCCUCACUUCUGAAGGAGGCUUGCAGCUGCUGACUUGUUCAUUCAGAAAACAUCCUAGAGCAGAGAGUGGCUGUGAGCUGUGCUUACAUUUGGGAAAAUCAUAAGAAGAAACACAGUGUUCCAUAUUCAGCAUUCACUUCCCAAUGCUUCAUAGCCACAUUUUGUUUGCAACAAAAAAAGAACACUUUCUUAAUUCUGGAAUAUGAAUAAAAUUUCUGUUUUUGUCCCAAAAUGAAAAACAGUUGGUUCCAAAUAUACUUAUAAUCAGAAGGCUGCUUUUGGUGAUAUUUAAAUAAUCUGAAUAGCAAUGUAAAGGUUUCUUUUCUCUUGUGUUCAAUGGUAUUCUUUGUGAUAGCUUAGAAAGAAUAUGUGGCUGGAAUUAAGUGUGAGAAUCAUCUGAGCCGUGGAGAGAAGCUUCAGUGCCUCUAAUCAGAUCAUCUACAAACAAAUAAGUAAACAUUUACGCUGGUUAAAUAAGUGGGCACAUGUUUUUUGUUCCUUGACAUUUCCUAAAUUUAAGUGAGGUUGGACUUAUCUCUUGGAUAAAAAUGUCUGUUCUUUUUAGUAAGUUUUAUACAUGGAUAACUUCAAAUCGGAAUAGUUGGUGGGGAUUCAAUGAUUUGAAAGUAAACUAGAUUUCUAGGGAGAUGCUGGUUCCAAUGAAGAAUGGAAGGAAAUUUCUUCUACAUUAUUUUGUUUUAGUUGCUUUGGAAAAAUCAAUAGCUUACUUUCUAAUCCUCAACUUGAUUUUGUCACUAUGGAUAUUUAAAAAUUAUUCCUGAGGUAUUUCAAAAGACCCUUUUAAUUAUUAUAGUCUUUCAAUGUGACAAGAAUUUAUUUAUGAAUAGAUUUUCUCUGUUGUCCUACCAAAAUCCAGCUUACUUAGGGAAUACUAAAUUGUCCUUAAAGAGACUACCUACUCACUUCCACAUAAUCCGUUUUGAUUUUUAAAUUUCUAGUAGCUCAGAAGUGAAUUUUAUUUUUUUGUUUUGUCUUUCAAUAGAGUAAGUGGGAACCUGGAAAUUAAAG